AUGGAUCUUGCUGGAGGCUUUGUGCCUUUGUCACCGCCGCCGUCCUCAGUCGCGUCCUCGAAUACGCCAAACUCGCUGCCGCAACCACGAAAAACACCCCUCAAGCCUGGUGGUACCAAGGAGUCGAGAUUGAUUCGCCAUGUCGACCAGCAACUGCUUCACAUCCAAAGGCGCUUCGCGAAGAGAGAUCCUUCACUUGGACGCGCGGGAGUGCGAGAGAUGGACGAGGAAGGCAGGAUGAUUGAACAGCUCAACGAUCCUGCCACUGAGACAAGACUGCGACAAUCAGACGAGUGGAAUGAUGUACAAGGUUACUCCAGCUUUGGCGAAGCAGCNAAAGAUGUCGAUGAGCUCGUCGCUGUCAUCUGGAUCAGCGGCACUCCAGCUCUGCAGGUCCCGUACCUGAUCAACCUCGCCCUUUUNGUCAAUACGAUGAUCCCGGCCUUCCCACUUGCUCCUCGCCCGCUGUUCAGACUGCUAGGCAAGUUAGACCAUGCCUUUGCCUCGUUGAUCGUAGGCAGAGAUGUUGCCACCGAUGAGACGCUUCCUGGCUUCAACACAGGUCGUGGGGUCAGCGGCACCGAAAAGGUCCGUAUCAAGAGCUUGGUUGAAAGGACAAGAGUAUGCGUCGUCGAAGUCGUGAACAAAGGAGAGUUCGAUGAGGACGAAGACGACCGUGAACCUUCGCCAGAAGACACUGAUACUGAUGGUGAUCUGAUUCUGGAUGGUGACGAACCUGAAGACAUCAACGUUGAUGAUAUCGAAGACGACGACGAUUGGCACAUGCAAACAAGUAGAGUCUAUGACAAAACUAUGGUCGAGUUGGGAGACUCGAUGGACGGUCCUCCAAUCGGCAUAGUAACGGAAUCCAGAAUCGGAACCUGA